AUUGCCGGUGGCACGAAUACUCCUCCCGUUCGGGGGAACACCAGACCCGGAUGGAUUUGACAGCGACACCACCGCGCGUCACCGUGGUAACGGGAAACGAGCGGCCUAUUUGAAAGGGCUUGAAAUCCGUUUGCGUCGAAAGAGAUGGACUGAAGCACGGCCUUGGGUUGGCCGCGGUGGUAGGAGAGUAUGUGAGAGAGGUGUCACUUUGCAGAAUGCUUCAAGAAGAUAAUUUUGAUGAACUUCUUACUCGGAAGGAACAGGAAUGGAAGGACCUUCAGAUGCAACGUGUCCAGUCACUACAUACUGCACUUCAAGAUUCACAAAGAAAACUCAAAGAACAGCAAGAAAAGUUUAACAUACUGAAAGAGGACUUCAUGUUCAACCUAAAGGUACUGGAGGAAAGAGACCGAGAUUUGGAACGGUAUGAUGCCAUAUUUGCUCGACUGAAGGUUACUGAAAGCUGCAAACAGGCAGAGCUCAGUGAUCUGCAAAUUCAGAUUGCCAAGAUGCAAGAACUUGUGACUAAGGAAACAAAGACUCGGGAUGAAGUGCAGUUUCAGUACCAGCAGGCGCUGAAAGCACAUCAACUAGAAAUAGAGAAAAUGCGCAGUUCAAAAGACUCUAAGAUUGAUGAGCAACAUGAAGAGUAUCAGAAACUAAAACAAAAUCUUGAGCGCAAAGUCCAAGAAGUGGAGGGACAACUAACUUUACAAAAACAGGAAAUGUUGGCAGAGUUUGAUGCUGUGAUGAAAUGUCGAGAGCAUGAGUUUACACUCCGAGCAGAUGAAAUGAGUAAUGCAGUACUUAGCAGUGAACUAAAGGUGAAACUUCUUUCUAAAGAGAUGGAACUUUUGAAGGAUGCAGGACAAAAGGCUGCAGAAUCACUUCUUGCAGCAGAGAAAACAAAUAGUCAACUGGAAAAAGAUCUUCAAAGAAAAGACUGUGAACUGAAAGAUGUAGUCACCUUAAAAGAUGUCAGGAUCAAGGAACUGGAAGACAAAGUAAAUAGAAUGGAAAUUAAAUUGAAAAAAGAAGAAGAAAUAUUCCAACGCAAACAUUGUGAAUUGGAUCGUUUUGCUCGUGAGAGAGAUACAAAACUUGCUACUGUAAGGGAAUUACAUUCAGAACAGAUUAGAGAGCUGGAAAACAAUAUACGUGAACUGCAAAUGAGUUUGGAGACUGUUGAAAUGGAGAAACGACGAAUGGAAUGGAGCCAUGCAGAUGCUACAAAGGAGAAAGAUGAUGCUAUUGAGAAGUUACAUGGGAAACUUUCAAUGCUAAAGACUGACUGGGAUAUUCAUAUAGCACAGAUCUCCAAGGAGACUGUUGCUAAGGACAUGCAAAUUAAAAUGUUGCAGGACCAUGAUUCAAAGCUGAGAACUGAGUUAACCAGACACAAGGAGGAUUUGGAAAAAUACAAACAACAGCUUGUCCGAGCUGUAGAAAGAGAGCGGGAUCUGGAACGAAUGAAAAUACAGGCCGAGUUGGACUGGCAGCACCGCUGUGAGGAGGUAGAAAGAAGUCAGUAUGUAAAAUCUGAACAACUUAUUCAAAGUCUGAGCCAAGCCCGGGAUCAGGUUUCAGCUGAACUAAAAGACAACGAAUGUAAACUGCAGGAGAUGGAGACUCUUGUCCAAACAUUGACCCGAGAAAGAGACCAAGCAGUAUCUGCACUGCAGCUUCAUGGUAUUUUUCCAGAACAGAGCUCACAGAAUGCAAUACCUGAAAAAGGAAAUGUAAAUAAUGCAGAAUUCCCUUCAGAUGUUAUUCGGAAGCUCCAGGAGCAGAAUGUGAACCUGCGUAGCGUUAUUGCACAAAUGAGGAAAGAGAUGGAGAUGCUGAGUGAGCAAAGUCCUGCCAACCAAAACCAGAAUCAAUCAUUUGAUAAAACUGGAUCAUUCAAGAGUCCUGAAGAACCAUCUAAAGAUAUUAUGACCCCAUGCACUCCAGACUAUGUUAAAUCUUUGGAAGAUGAAGUUCAUGAACUGAAACAAAAGUGCAGAAAGUUGGAAGGACAACUAGAAGAUAUUUCAAAAACUUCUAAUAAAGACAAGGUUCCCAUUCCAAGCCUCCCUGCAGACAUUACCUAUCUUCAGAACCACACUCGUACUUUAAAUGAGACUAUAGCUAGCCUUCGUGCUGAAAAGAUCUCUAUAGCUGCUACUACAAAGAAGCAUGAAGCUAGGAUUGUACAUUUGAACUCUCUGGUAAUGCAGCUCACACAACAGUUACGUCAGAAGCAGGUUGAAAUUGACCAAUUGCGAUAUGAGUUAACUAGUCAACAACAGCGAACAAGUGCAGAAAUUGUGAGGUUAAAUGAGCGAAUUGCUGAACUAGAAUUACAGUUGGUUGAAGCACACAAAGAGGCAGAUGAAUACUUUAAGGGGAACCUUCAACAAAAUGCAGAAGCUGUGGCUUUAGGAAAUGAGGUUUCAGCUCUGAAACUGGAUUUGGUGAGUGGCUGUACUCCAGUUGUGGUUGAACAGACUCAAGUCAUCAAGGAGCUUCAGUCAGAAAUUCUGCAACUACGACAACAACUGGUUCACUCAAAAUUGGUUAACAGUCCUUCGAAGCAGCAAAGCUCUACCGUGUCUGUUUUGCAAGGCAAACUAAAGCAGGCAGCUCGCUACAUCAGUCAGCUAUCCCGUGACAAACAGCAAUUGAUUGAGAUGGGGAACCGACUCCGUGCAGAACUGGUUAGAUCUAAAUUAGAUGUUUGUCAGCACUCUGUGGCUGUUGGCCACUCAGCUCCUCCUGCACAGUCUCCCAGAGAGCUAGCACAGGAAGUGCAGAAUCGUCUGUCCACUUUGGAGCACUUACAAUACCAACUCACUACACAGGAGUUGCAGUAUGCACAGCUGAAACAAGUUCCCAUUACAGUACAGCAGUAUUCAUCGGAGAGUGAAAAUGGCCAGAAUGCCCAGGAUAAGAAGACUGAAACAAAAGAACAUACCAAGAAUGUGAAUCCAGCUGUACCAUCAACAGGAAAAACUAUGAAUGGCAAAGCAAAUGAAACAGUCAUCUCAGUGACUAGCCAGUCACAUCUACUUGUACCAGAACCAAGUCAAUCACAACCAAUGAUGCAUGAUCCAUCUAGCCCAUUGGAACUAAUAAUGUCAUCAUAUGGAGCUAACAGUUCUAUUCAAGAUAUUUGGCAGAUGCUAGAGGGAGGAUCCAGCCCUUCCAUAUCUACUCCGCAGAACAACAGUGAACCAGAUGAUGUUGGUGGAAGAAAGCUUGGGAAUAAGGCAGAAUUGGUGCAGCUGACAGAAGACACCAAUUCCACAAAGAAAGCUGGAAAGGAACCAAUGUACACUUUACAAGGACAUAAAGCUAAUGUCCACAGCAAAGCAAAAUCUCACUGCCUAACCACUUCUGGAACAAAACAGAAACAUUCAUUCAAAACUGCAAAGAUUAGAAAUUACAAUAUUCGUGACUAAGUAUUGUCAUGAGCAAGAAUCUGAAACAAAAGAUCAAAGUGUUGCAAUUGCAAGACUGAAUAUUUUUUUCUCACACUGAACUUCUUCAAGUAUCCACUCUGGAGUUCCCAAAAACAACCAUAAACUUCAGGAGUGUUAGAGGUUUCGUUUUAACAACGUAUCAGGAACUUUGUAAAGGGAUCAAUAUUGAUUCCCUGUGGUUGGAGGGACCCAAGGUGGAAGAGGAGACGUUCUUCCUCCAGGCGUUGGGUCAAGAAUAUCAUGCCUAGUUCUUACUACAGUCCAGUAACUUUUUCUGAAAGGAGUUUUCAUAUACAUAUUAGAUAUUGUUUACUAGAUCAUCACUGUAAAGAAACUCUUGAUGUUUACUUCCCAUAACCAAAACAAUUAUUUUACGUGACAUGGGAAAUAGUACAAUUGGCUCUGACUGCUUUGUCACCUUUUUGACAUGAGCAUCACAUUGCUGUGUUGUCAAUCUUUUGGUACUUUUUCCAGUGCCCAUUACAUUGAGGGGUACUUUUUGCCUGUCAGUGUUAAACAGAUCUCUUCCUUCAUCUUGUGCUAUAUUCUGGAAUAAAUAUAAUACAUCUUUUGGAAUUAAUUUAUUUUCAACUGAAUUAGCUUCUCAGGAUAGAAGAAAAAUUAAUGUUUAAUUAAAACAAUGAAUCCUAAUCCCCUAAUAUAUCUAAAUCUGUUUUAAUCAGGUUGGAGAAUGCUUGUGGGAGAGGGUCAGUAUCCUGCUCACCAGAUGCAUGUCCAUAAUUUUGAGGCCAAGUGCCUCAGAAAUUGCAGCCUUAUUAGAUUUUAAUGGCGGCUGGUUUGGUUGCUGCAUGCUCAGGAGACAUGACUCCUCAAGGGAGAGACAGAUUUCUGAUCCAGCAGGUAAGUGCUUUUUAUAGCACUGCUUGUGAGCUAGAUGGAGCAGGAAUGCUUCUCUCUUACCCCCAAGAUAAGUUGUCACAACUAUCCUUAUUCUGAAUGCUUUUCUGUGCCCCCAAUUUUCCAUUUUUGAAACAACCAGAUACAGAUUUAUUGCAUGCUGUGACCAUCGGGGUCUCACGCGUUCAAUGUGUUUGCUCAACUUUGUUUGGCAGACACCAUCUCCAACAACAUCAAUAUGUGCAGGCAUUUAUUCAUGCACAAAAGUUUGAUAAACUAGACUAUAAAUCAUGAUUUGGUCAUGACAUUAUCCACAGGACUUAUUAAGAGGUGGUGUGUUUUCCAUCAGUUUCCAACCUUAAAUUGAAAGGCCUUGAUUUGACAUGGAAUUCUGAGGUUCAAUCAACUGAUGAAAUUUCUCCAAAUAGGAUCACUUCAUUGAAUUAAAUAUAUUGUCAUGUAUACCGAGGCUCAGUGAAAAGAUUUGUCUUGAGAGUAAUACAGGCAAAUCACACAGUUAAGUAGCAUAGAUAGUAAAUAUCCUCCCACAAUCCAAACAUGUGCAGUUUAGGUGAAUUGACCAUGCUAAAUUGCCUGUAGUGUUAGGUGUAGGGGAAUGGGACUGGGUGGGUUGCUGU